AUGGAAGGUCGAGACGGUCAUCUUCCGGCAAGCAGUCAGUGCUUCGUCUUCUCUGAAGGCUUUCCUGGAUUUCCUUACAAGGCCAUAAAUCUGCCUGGACGAGAAAACUCCUAUGUUGAUUUCUAUUUGAACGGUAAAGCAGACUUUAGGGACUUGACCAUCUCGCUGUAUGUCUACCCGAGCGGGGAACCAGAGGGGACCAUACUCAACUAUAUGUGUGAAACAGGUGACAUCAUCAGAGUGGCGGUACUCCAAGGACUCCUGUUUGUGUCUUUCUGGGAUGAAUACGGCGUGUCCGUGGGAGCUACAGCCUUGUCCGAGGUGUUCUUGGCCGACACCUGGAGCCACCUGCUCAUCUCUAGAGAGUUUGAGACUGGCAGAAUCAAGAUCUUCCACAACGGACAAAACAUUGACGACAUCGAUGAUGACUUUCCCAACAAGAUCCGUCUGCCGGUCAAAGGCUCCAUCCGACUGGGCAGUGCACAGAAAGACCACAACGACCAGAAGUUCAACGGACGAUUUGCCUGUUUCCAGUUCUACACAUGCGUACUGACCGACGCGGAAGUUGCGACCAGCAAAGAAUAUUGCAUGCCGGAGAAGUGGAAUAUAGUGCCUAAAAUCAACCUGGAGACGCGAGAAGUGGACGGUGAGGUCCGGCAGUGUGUGACCGGUUACGUGGCUCCGUCAGAAGUUGACUUCCAGCCAAAAGAGUGCGACUUUAUCGACAUGGGGUGUAUCGCUUCCGGGGUCAACUGGAACUGGGUUCUGAGCAAGAAUCAGUGGACGGCCAGCUCACGGGACAACGCCCACUUUCAUCUGAUUGGACGAGACCGAGUCCCUGUUGCUGCUGAAGGUAGCGUCCUUGGCAACGUCCGGACUACAAACAAAAUGACUUGUUCGCGGCUGUGUCUGCGAGUCCACGGCUGUAAGGCCUUCUCCUGGCUGGGACAAACCGGCAACACCACCCAGUGUCUCCUCUACAAGAACAUCCUCAGCGCCACGCAGAUCCAGGAAGGCGCCAGAUACUUCUCGCUGGCAUAA